AUGGCGUCGGAAUCGGGGAUUCCAGCCACACCGCCUCCCAGUCAGAACCCACCUGUCGGUGCGUCUGGCUCUGACACUCCUCCCGUCAACUCUACCCCUACCACUGGCGCAUCUGCCGGCGGAGUGUCUGCCUCGCCGGCUUCCGCGGCGGGCGCGGCGGGCGCGGCGGGCGAGGAGCAGAUAAUGGAUCUGGAGUCGUAUGCCGCGAAUUAUUCCGGCCACACGCGCAUCGUACGGCUGCGAUUCAUCGCGGAGCGGUGCGCCGCUAUUGUCCAGACCGCGAUGGAGCUCGAGGCGCUGCGGAUGGCGGCGGACGAGUUGAAACGCGGCGAGAACAGCGCGGCGUAUAAAGAGGUCGUGGCGAAGAUUGCGGGGCGCCUCGGGCCUAAGUACGAGCUGGAUCAGGAGUGGGUGGAUUCUGUGGAGCGACGCGCGGUGCAGAAGCAGGAGAAGCUGGAGAUGGAGUUAAACGGGUACAAGACAAACCUUAUCAAGGAAUCCAUUCGCAUGGGGUACAACGAUCUCGGCGAUUUCUUCUAUUCCCGAGGCGACCUCCAGCAGGCGUUCCGGUGCUAUGUGCGCACGCGCGACUACUGCAUCACGUCCAAGCACACCAUCGCCAUGUGUCUGAACGUGAUCGUGGCGAGUGUGGAGCUGGGGCACUUUGUGAACGUGAGCAACUACGUGCAGAAGGCGGAGCGGGGCAUGAGUGACCCCAUCGUGCUGGCCAAGCUCAGAAGCGCUGCUGGGCUGGCGAGCUUGGAGGGGCGGAAAUACAAGGCCGCAGCCAGGAAGUUUGUGAGUGCCAGCUUCGACAUGGGCAGCAGCUACUCCGAGGUGAUAGCACCGCAAGACGUGGCGGUGUAUGGGGGGCUCUGUGCGCUCGCCUCCUUUGACCGCGCAGAACUUAAGAGCAAGCUGAUAGACUCUGUCAACUUCCGCAACUUCCUUGAGCUAGUGCCAGAGGUCAGGGAGCUCAUAUACGACUUCUACGCCAGCCGCUACGCAUCGUGUCUGAAAUAUUUGGACAAGCUGCGGCCAGUGCUGGAGUUGGAUCUGCAUUUGCACGACCACGUGGCGGCGCUCUACCAGCAGAUCCGCCAGCGCGCUCUCAUUCAGUACACCACGCCCUUCAUAUCCGUUGAUCUCCGCACGAUGGCCUCUGCGUUUAACACGAAUGUGGCUGCGCUGGAGAAGGAACUUGCUGCGCUUAUAAUGGAUAACCAAGUGCAGGCACGCAUCGACUCACACAAAGGCAUUCUAUACGCUCGUCAUGCUGAUCAGCGCAAUGCAACGUUUCAACGAGCACUUGCAGCUGGCAAUGACUUCCAACGAGACACGCGCGCACUUCUGAUACGGGCGAGCUUGUUGAGAGCUGAAAUGGGCACUAGGCCGCAGCGUCUUACCGGUAUCUAA